CAAUGCCUGUCUGUUAUACGCGAUCUUUCGUUCGAUAGAGACAGAGGACCAGUCUACUUCAAGCUUACACAAACACACGAACUGCGUCAUUAGGAAUCCAUGUUAUCAGACACCUUGUUAGAAUCGCCAUGUUGGAUUGACAAGAUUCGAAUAAAGCAUGGACCGUCAUACCUGGGCCCAGGAUGUGUUACGGUGUCAUCUCUGUGAGACCCCGGGCCCCCCUAUGUACUGUGACAUUUGUCAUAUACAUCUGUGUGUAGCCUGCGUUGGAAAACAUCUCCUAGAUGAAUCCAGAGAACACAAAGUGGUAACAUUCAAAAAUCGGGGGUCUACUACGAGCUAUCCAAAAUGUUCAAUACAUAAUACUAAACAAUGUGAACUUCAUUGUACAGAGUGCGACAUUCCAAUUUGUGUGCAGUGUGUCUCUUCCAAUAAGCAUCUAGGACACACACAGGUGGGUAUUCUUGAAUAUCUACAAACCUUAAAAGAAGCAUGGCAGAAAGAUUUAGAAGAAUUAGAGAAAUCAAUUUAUCCUCGGUAUCAAGAAAUUAAAUCUAACAUUCUUGUUCAGAAAGAUGAUAUGAAAAAAAAUUCAAAGAAAUUGGCAGACUCUAUUGAAAAACAUGGAGAAGAUUUUCACAGAGAAAUAGACAAUGCCAUCAAGAAGCUGAAAUCUGAUUUGAAUGAAAUGGAAUCCAAACACCUGGUUGUCCUUGAUAAGCAGGAAAAUGGAAUCAAUCGCAGUAUUUCAGACAUUGUAGAGAACAUUGCUGAUCUGAAGAAACUUCUAAACUCGAAUGAUGUCAGUCAUGUCUCUAUCUACAAAUCCAGAAAUGCUAAAUUCAGAAGAUUGCCCCCUAAACUCACAGUUUCAUUACCAAACUUCACCCCUCAGAAGAUUAAUAAAGAUCAUAUUCAUCAACAGAUUGGUUCUCUGUCAGAUUUAUCUAUUAAAACAGAAGAACAUGGGUACACAAUGUUUUCUCACGGUGCUGAAUCCUCUCCCCAAACUAAGCAGCUCUCAGAUGAACCACGGAUCAUCACACAUAUAAACACAGAAUACGGAGACACACAAAAAUUGUGCAGCGUGCGUUGUCUAAGCGAUCAAGAUAUUUGGAUGAGUGGUGAGAAAAAUAUUAUGAGCCUAUACAACCUCAAAGGAGAACUCCUUAAAUCAAUCCAAACCAAGUCGGGAAACAUGCCAAUAGAUAUUGCAGUGACAGGGAGUGGUGAACUUGUUUACACUGAUUUUGAUGACAAAACUGUGUGGAUAGUGAAAAAUAAACAGAAAAGUACAUGGCUUAGACUAUCCGGAUGGAAACCUCUAAAUGUAUGUAAUACAUUCGCUAAUGACCUCCUGGUUAUCAUGAUCACUGAUGAUAAUAAACAAGCUAGAGUUGUGCGUUACUCUGGCUCCAAAGAAAAACAAACCAUCCAAUUUUAUGAAAAUGGCCAACCUCUCUAUUCGUCAAAUUAUAAUACUAAAUAUCUGUGCGAGAACAGAAAUCUAAAUAUUUGUGUUGCCGACAGUUUUGCAAAGGCAGUCGUGGUAGUCGAUCAGACUGGAAAAUUCCGGUUUUCAUACACCGGUUCUUCCUCUCAAUCGACGUUUCAACCAAUUGGCAUUGCUACAGACAGCAAGUGUCGUAUCCUGACAGCAGAUUUUUACAACAACUGCAUCCACAUCAUAAGCCAGGAUGGACAGUUCCUCCGCUACAUUGAAAUCGUGAAUUUACGUCACCCAUGGGGUUUAUGUGUGGAUACUAGAGACAACCUCUUUGUGGCCGAAUGGGAAACCGGAAAUGUGAAGAAAAUCCAAUAUUACAUGAGAAAAAACUUGUGUAUAUAAUUGACUGUGUUUAUAACUUUUCCAAAAGCUGAAUAAAGAAAUGGUGGAAUGGUUUUAUCUAAAGAUUUAUCAUAUUUAAAAAUUACACAUAAUCAUCGUUCAUGACUUAUAAACCAAUGUACUUUCAAACUGAAUGCAUAUUUUAUAGACAAUUCUGUAUUAUUUGUAUAUUACAUUAACAGCUACGAAUAAGACCAAAUGUUAACCGCUUUUUGUGUUAAUAAACUGUGUGUGAU